AUGGAUGUGAAUUGUUGCCCACGUAAUGAUUUUUCAUUUCCAAUGAAAAAUUCUACAAAAGAAGUGACAUCAUCAUGGCCAGCCACAUAUAAUGGAACAGCAUUUAUAUCUAUCGGUCAAAAUGAACAAGAUCAUUCAAAACCAUUGCCUGUAUUUAAUGAUUUUGUGCUUCGCAAUACGUCGAAUUUAAUUGAUUUUUCUUCACAACAAUUACCAUCAUCUCAAUUACUUAAUCAAAAUCAUCUCUCGUCCUUUCCAUUGAGUGAUUAUAAUCAUUCAACAUUGCUACAACCAUUGUCAGCGCUAACAAUUGAUUCAAUAACAUCAACAUUUCCUCAGAAUAAUGAAAAUAUUCGUCAUUGGAUUGGUGAUCCAUUUUUAAAUGGUGAACAACAGCAAAUCACACCACCAUUGACAUCAACAACACAAACUCCAGCAACAUUAGCUGCCACUUUGAAUUUUGAUUCAGAUGCAGAAAAUAUUCGUCAUUGGAUUGGUGAUUUUACAAAUGAAACAACGUUAACAUCAACCACUUCCGAUAGUAAUGCUUCAGGAAUAAAUCAAAUUCCAUUAUUAUCACAAAAAGUAUUUAUUGGUGGUGUACCACGAUUUGCUACAGAAAUUGAUAUACAUGCAAAUUUUGAACGUUUUGGAACAUUUGAAAUACAAUGGCCAAAGUUACAUGGAAAUAAAGAACAACAUCGUGAAAAUGGUUUUUUCCACAUUGUAUUUCAUAAUGCCAGAUCUGUUUGUACAUUGCUGGAUAAUUGUUCACGUCAUCAAAAUAAUACAUCGGUAGCUGAUUAUUUUAUACAUUUCGAAACGGCAACAGGAUCGAGGAAAACUGUCGAAGUUAUACCAUGGAAUAUUGGUGAUAAUAAUUAUGCAUUAAGACCUCCACAACAACUUGAUUCAAAAAAGACCAUAUUUGUUGGUAAUUUACAUGGUACAAUGACUGCACGAUCGUUAUGGCGCUUAAUGGAAGAUUUAUUUGGUGGAGCCGUUUACGCUGGUGUUGAUAUUGACAAGUAUAAGUACCCAAUUGGAAGUGGACGGGUUACAUUCGAUAAUAGUUCGUCCUUUUUACAUGCUGUUUCAACAGCAUUUGUCGAUGUUCGUACGCCACGUUUUCUAAAACGUUUACAAAUUGAACCUCAUUUACAAUAUCGUUUUUGUUCGUUAUGUAAAACGGCUGCUGGUGAUCUAUUUUGUCGAAAUUUUGCUUGUUUCGAUUAUUUUUGCUUAAAAUGUUGGCAAAAAAUUCAUUCACAAUCAAUUGUUAUGGCAAGUCAUAAAGCCGUUACAAGACAUUCAAAAUCAUCUCAACCAAUAUUUCAUCCUAUGCAAACAAUGCUAAGUCAAACAAUUAAUUAG